UGUUUUUUUUUUUUUUUGUUUUUUUUUUUGUUGUUGUUGUUGUUGUUGUUGUUCUUUUUUUUUUUCUGAGCUGGGGACCGAACCCAGGGCCUUGCGCUUCCUAGGUAAGCGCUCUACCACUGAGCUAAAUCCCCAGCCCCCCCCCCCCCCCCGAUCUCUGUUUUUAGUGGGGUAUAUAAUCAUUUGUGUGGUACCUAUUGUGUAGUUUGACUGACCGACAGAGAGGGAGACACUCAUCAACUAUCACACCAUAAACAACCAGUCCUAAAAGAGACACAGAAAUGGAAUCAAGGAAUUCCAGUCACAAAGAUAGGAAUCUCUAAAGUGAUCAGCCCUGAAUUCCUAAGGAACAUCUUGCCAGGUAGCACAAGCAGGGUCCAAAGAAGAUGUAGUCAGACAAGGCAAAGGCAGUGAACACACAUGCUAAGACCUACAGUACAUGAGGUCCAAGAUGCCAAAGGCCCCCAACCACAAGCUCUGCUAAUUUCUUUCAGUGCUUACCCUCAAGCUUGGAAAGAGGAUUUGUGGCUACUUGGCCAAUGGUCGCCAACCAAGCCCAAUCAAAGCCAACAAUGUAGAUAGCAAGCUUCAGUUCAGGCCCUGUAGAAAGGCUCUAUGUGGGGGCUGGGGAUUUAGCUCAGUGGUAGAGCGCUUACCUAGGAAGCGCAAGGCCCUGGGUUCGGUCCCCAGCUCCGAAAAAAAAAGAACCAAAAAAAAAAAAAAAAAAAAGAAAGGCUCUAUGUGUGAAGUGAAGACAGACUGACAGAUAUAACCCUCCACACUAUCUGUAGGUAAAAGGCUGGCUCCUUUUAUAAGUAAACUUGAUGUAUCCCAUUUAGAAAACAAAGCAAAAACACUUGGUCUAAGUCAGAUGUGUGUAUUCCUGAAUCUUAGUUCUUGGAAGGUGAGGGUGAGAGGACCAGAAAGUUAGUCAUCCUCACCCACAUGGAGAACAAAACAGACUGAAGCUUAUGCAGUGAAACUUCAUGAGACCGUGUCUUUUCUCCUUUUUUGAGGCAGUUCCUUAGUGUAGCCCUGGCUGUCCUAGGACUCAUUCUAGACCAGGCUGGCCUCAAACUCAGAAAUCCAUCUGCCUGUCUCUGCCUCCUGAGGUCUGGGUUAAAGGUGCAUGCCACCGCCUUCCAGCUAGAGUCUCCAUGCUUUGCUUUUUUUUUUUUUUUUUUUUUUUUAAUUAUUUUUACUUUAUGUGCAUUUGUGUUUUGCCUGCAUAUAUGUCUGAGGCUGUUGAAUCCCCUGGAACUGGAGUUAUAGACAGUUGUAAGCUGUCAUGUGGGUGCUGGGAAUUGAACCCAGGUCUUCUAGAAGAACAUCCAGUGUUCUUAACCACUGAACCAUCUCUCUAGCCCAAGACUGUGUCUUUAAAAAACACACACACACAUACACACACACACACACACACACACACACACACACACACACACACACAAAACACUCAUUUUCAAGAUCGUUAAGAAACUGACUGAGGGGGCUGGGGAUUUAGCUCAGUGGUAGAGCGCUUACCAAGGAAGCGCAAGGCCCUUUGUUCGGUCCCCAGCUCCGGGGGAAAAAAAAAAAAAAGAAACUGACUGAGGUUCUAAUUCUGCUUAAAAAAACAAAAUUGGCUUCAUAGUUUUAGAUAUGUCAGUUCUUCAUUUGUGCUUUGAGCAUGCAAAUUACUUCAGUGUUGUAAUGAGGGUUAAAGAAGAGCUAUCUGGGGCUGGAGAGGUGGCUUAGUAGUUAAGAGCACUGACUGCUCUUCCAGGGGUCCUGAGUUCAAAUCCCAGCAACUACAUGGUAGUUCAUAACCAUCUGUAAUAGGAUCUGAUGAUUUCUUCUGGUCUGUGGGCAUACAUGCAGGCAGGACAUUGUAUAUAUAACAAAAAAAAAAAUCUCUUUUUAAAACUAUUUGUUUAUUUAUGAGAGUACACUAGUUAGUUAUCUUCAGACACCAGAAGAGGGCAUCAGAUCCCAUUACAGAUGGUUGUGAGCCACCAUUUGGUUGCUGGGAAUUGAACUCAGGACUUCUGGACCUCUUGACUGUUGAGCUAUCUUUCCAGCCACAUACAUAUACAUAUACAUAUACAUAUAUGUAUAUAAUUUUAAAGUGAAGCUGAAGCUGAGUGUGGUAGCUUACACCUUUAACACAGACUCAAAUCAUCUUACGUCCCAGGUUAUUGGGAUGUUGUGUGGAUGGGGUUGAGACAAAGCCUCACUGUGUAGUCCAGGUUGACUCAAACUCACAAUGAUCAUUCUGCAAUCCCCAGCCCCUAAAUGCUGAGAUUACAGGCAUGAGCCACCAUGCCUGGCUUCUGAAGGUCUUUUUAAUCAGAAGAUAUGAUAUUGAGAAUAGAGGAGGGACCUUUUUGAAAUAGCCUAGGCUCUCCUCAAACUCGCUAUGCUCCUGCCUCAGUUUAAUGAGUAUUGGUAUUGUAGGCAUAUACCAACUCUGGAAUUGUUUUAGAUCUUUCUUCCAGAAACAUUGAGAAUCAACUGAAUCACAAAGGAUGCCCAGCAAAUCAUUGCCAUCUUGGCGGAAAAUCUAAGCCCUUACUACCAUGUCUUGUUUUCUGCCUUCUGUGUUUGAUACAGGAUAUCUCACUACAGUGCCAGCAGAUGAAUGGAAAGGAUGGUGGAGACAGGAGGGACAGGCUUCAGGGUUAAUGACACGCUAUGACAGCUGCUACAGCACAGCGAAGUCAGCAGGCCUUCACAAAGGAUGCUGUUUGUCUCAUUACUUAGAUAUGGUCUCUCUAGAAAUGUAGAGGGAAUUGGGGAAGAAUUUGCAGGUGAUCAACUGUGGUCCCAACAGGCCACUUUAUCACUAGUUUCUGUUUGAUGGAAUGCCUCCACAGAGAUUCCACUAAGAAAGCAGGAAGGAAGGAAGCAGUGAGCUAUGAAGGGAUGUGAGCGUCUGACAUGUAUACCAUGUCCAGGGAAACAUGGCAAGGCCGGCGUGCAGAAAAUUUACCAGGCCAAAUGCCCUUGGAGGUGGCAGCCACAGAGCACUAAGUGCCAAGAAACUAAGUAACCCUCCACUGAGUGAAGAGAUGUUGCCUCCUGGGGAGUGGAUGUGUCACCGGUGUACUGUCCGCCGAAAGAAACGAGAGCAGAAAAAGGAGCUGGGCCACGUCAAUGGAUUGGUGGACAAGUCUAGCAAACGGACUACAUCUCCCAGCAGUGACACUGACUUGUUGGACAGACCAGCUAGCAAAACUGAACUCAAGGCCAUUGCCCAUGCCCGGAUCCUGGAAAGGAGAGCCAGCCGGCCUGGCACCCCCACAUCCAACGCCAGCACAGAGACCCCCACCUCUGAGCAUAAUGACGUCGAUGAGGACAUCAUUGACGUGGACGAGGAGCCAGUAGCAGCAGAGCCGGACUAUGUGCAACCCCAGCUGCGGCGGCCUUUUGAGCUGCUGAUUGCUGCUGCCAUGGAGCGGAACCCUACCCAAUUUCAGUUGCCCAAUGAACUGACUUGUACCACUGCACUACCAGGUUCUAGCAAACGGAGAAGAAAGGAGGAAACCACAGGGAAGAAUGUAAAAAGGACACAGCAUGAGUUAGAUCAUAAUGGUCUCGUUCCCUUGCCAGUCAAAGUCUGCUUCACGUGUAACAGGAGUUGUCGAGUGGCCCCCCUCAUCCAGUGUGACUAUUGCCCGCUUCUGUUUCACAUGGACUGCCUCGAGCCCCCGCUCACUGCCAUGCCCCUGGGCAGAUGGAUGUGUCCGAAUCACAUCGAACAUGUGGUGCUGAACCAGAAGAAUCUGACUCUGAGCAAUCGGUGCCGGGUGUUUGAUGGAUUCCAGGACACCAUCUCACAGCAUGCUGUCAAAGUAGAUUUCCUGAACCGAAUCCACAAGAAGCACCCUCCCAACCGCCGUGUGCUCCAGCCCGCCAAAAGGAGAAGCUUGAAGGUUCCUGAUGCUAUAAAAUCUCAGUACCAGUUUCCACCCCCUCUCAUUGCACCUGCGGCCAUUCGGGAUGGGGAGCUGAUCUGCAGUGGGGUCCCUGAGGAAUCGCAAACGCACCUUUUGAACUCUGAGCACUUAGCCACCCAGACAGAGCAGCAAGAGUGGCUCUGUAGUGUUGUUGCCCUCCAGUGCAGCAUAUUGAAACAUUUAUCUGCUAAGCAGAUGCCUUCGCAUUGGGACUCUGAACAGACAGAGAAGGCUGAUAUUAAGCCUGUUAUUGUGACUGACAGCUCAAUCACCACCUCCCUGCAAACAGCUGACAAGGCACCUCUACCUUCCCACUACCCUUUGUCCUGCCCCUCAGCAAUGAGCACCCAGAAUUCCCUGGGCUGCUCUCCACCCCACCAACCCCCAACCCUAGAGGAUAUCAGCUGCAGUUCUUGUGUGGAAAAGUCCAAGAAAGCCCCUUGUGGGACUGCCAAUGGGCCAGUGAACACAGAGGUAAAAGCCAAUGGCCCACACCUCUACAGCAGCCCCACUGAUUCCUCGGAUCCCCGGCGACUCCCUGGCGCCAACACCCCUUUACCGGGCCUCACUCACCGGCAAGGCUGGCCCCGGCCCCUCACACCACCAUCGGCUGGGGGUCUUCAGAACCACGCCGUCGGCAUCAUUGUGAAGACAGAAAAUGCCACUGGCCCCAGCUCUUGUCCCCAGAGGAGUUUGGUACCUGUCCCAAGCCUGCCCCCUUCCAUUCCCAGCUCUUGUGCCAGCAUCGAGAACACCAGCACUUUGCAUAGAAAGACUGUCCAAUCACAGAUAGGACCUUCGUUGACAGAAUCGAGGCCUCUGGGCUCACCCCCAAAUGCCACCCGGGUGCUCACUCCCCCCCAAGCUGCAGGAGACAGUAUCUUGGCCACAGGCGCCAACCAACGAUUCUGCUCACCAGCGCCAUCAUCAGAUGGCAAGGUCAGCCCCGGCACGUUAUCCAUAGGAAGCGCUUUAACCGUACCCUCUUUCCCAGCCAACUCUACUGCCAUGGUGGACCUCACCAACUCACUUCGAGCAUUUAUGGAUGUCAGCGGAGAAAUCGAGAUAAAUAUGUUGGACGAGAAGCUGAUCAAGUUUCUGGCCUUGCAGAGAAUACAUCAGCUUUUCCCUUCCCGGGGUCAAGCUUCACCGGGCAGUGUUGGGACACAUCCGCUGUCUUCUGGAGGGCACCACACAGAAGUGCAAAGGAAGGAGGUACAAGCCCGAGCUGUGUUCUACCCCCUCUUAGGGUUGGGAGGAGCUGUGAACAUGUGCUAUCGAACCCUCUACAUCGGGACAGGAGCUGACAUGGAUGUGUGCCUUACAAACUAUGGUCACUGUAACUACGUGUCCGGGAAACAUGCCUGCAUAUUCUACGAUGAGAAUACCAAACAUUAUGAGCUGUUAAACUACAGUGAGCACGGGACAACGGUGGACAAUGUGCUGUAUUCAUGUGACUUCUCUGAGAAGACCCCGCCAACCCCCCCAAGCAGUAUUGUUGCCAAAGUACAGAGUGUCAUCAGGCGCCGCCGACACCAGAAACAGGAUGAAGAGCCAAGUGAGGAGGCAGCCAUGAUGAGUUCCCAGGCCCAGGGGCCACAGCGGAGACCUUGCAAUUGCAAAGCCAGCAGCUCAAGCUUGAUCGGGGGCAGUGGGGCCGGCUGGGAGGGCACAGCCUUACUACACCAUGGCAGCUACAUCAAGCUGGGCUGCCUGCAGUUUGUCUUCAGCAUCACUGAGUUUGCGACCAAACAGCCCAAAGGCGAUGCCAACCUGCUGCAGGAUGGGGUCUUGGCUGAGAAGCUCUCUCUCAAGCCCCAUCAGGGCCCUGUGCUGCGCUCCAACUCCGUUCCCUAGGCCAUUGGCCUGGACACCCAUCCAAGACUCCUGCAAUGCAAAAAUGUAUACGAACCAAGCCCGGGUGUUUUCUAUACCAGAAACCCUUCAACUACAAUCUUUGCAUGAAAUGAAGAAAACCUUUUGACUGUUUUUUAAGACUUUUUUUCUUUUCUCAAGUUCUAGGGGGCAUUUGCACAUAUAUUUGUACUCAACAUUUCAUGGGAAAGCGGCAGAUCGAGCUGAGGACCAGCAUGGGCAGGGAGGGGAGAGCCUGGUCUGGACACUUCUUCCAGCACAAUCCCUUCCCCCGCCUCCUGCUCCUUCCCCUCGGCCGCCUGCCCGCUGUUGUAAAAUAAUCAGAAACUUGUUCUAUUUUGUGGCAGUGACAAUAGUUUUAUAUUAAAAGAAAAAAAUACAGUUUUCAUACAGCAAAAUCUAUACAAUAUCAUUGUUUUAUUUAAUAUAAAGAUCGCUACCCACUCCUCUCCGUGGUUCCCACCCUACAAGGAUCCCCUUUCUGCAGCGGUUGCACUACUGGUAGCUACUGUGUAUACGGACAAAUGAGAAAUGAAUUCUUUUUCUGGCUGUUCAUCUAUUUUAUUUCAAAUAAGGAAAAGUGUAUUUGGAUUUUGUGUAAAUACAUCUAGUGAUGGCAUUUUUUCAAUGUUUUUAAGAACUGUGUACAGUACAUGUGGUAGAGUGUUUUUCUCAAAUUGUCUAUUGUAGCGAAGGCGUUUUUGUCGUAAACCUGUUAUGUGUCCUUUUUUUUGUUCUCUGACCACUUCUCUUCCUCACCCAGAUACUUCCUCUUCCCCACAACUAGUACCAAUGUACAUAGUAAUGUAAUGUUUUAGACUUUACAGAAACUUUCCUGUAUUCUGUAUAUAAAAACCAAAAAUACUUCAAAUUA